ACGGGCCUGCAGAAACCGGGCCGAGCUGAAGGCCUUCUAUCCACGGACCAAAAACAAUCUUGAUUGACUUGGAUUUCCUCAAAUCAAAGGACAAAAUCAGAAAAUGAUGUUUCAACAGAUGUGGCAUUUCCUGCCCAUUACUGCUCUUCUCUUCUCUCUGUCUGACCGCACAUUUGCUGAGGUGGUGCAGUCCAUUUCGGACUGUGACCACUAUCUUCUCAACCACACUCUGCCACAUGUUCCAGGCAUUUUGGAGGAUGGCAGGAUCCUAAAUCAGAACCGAUACAAAAUAAUCUGCCAGACCUACAGAAACAGGAGGAGAUUUGUGACGCUCUACGAUGUACAAAACAAGAUUCCAGUGUUUUCUGCUUUCAGAUUUGUUGAUCAAGUUGACAGGAAGAGGCCCAAAACCUAUUGGAAGAUAGAACCACAGCUGGAGAAUGAAUCUACCAACAAGAAUAUGAUGCGGGAAAACAAGAUGAAGAACUACACCUACCAGGCUAGCAACAAAGACUAUAAAGCCAACAACACAUUUGAUAGAGGUCAUAUAUUUCCCAGCUCUUAUGCCUCAUCCAAAGAGGACAAAGAGUCAACUUUCACCCUGACAAACAUCGUUCCUCAAGCAGAGUCCUUCAACAAGGGCAGCUGGAACAAAAUGGAGAUAUGCACCAAAUGUGUCAUGGAGAAGUACUGCAUCAACAGCAGUGGUGGUACUGAGGGCUUUGUGGUGACUGGAGCUCAACCCAGUUUAAACAGCGUGCUAAACGAUAGAGUCAACGUUCCCUCUGCGCUUUGGUCGGCAUUCUGCUGCUACAGUGCGGUCAGGGGGGCGUGGAUAGCCAGCGGGCACUGGGGCAACAACGUUCAAGAUGAGUCCAAACAUAAAUAUCUUGAGACCAUGACCCUGGAAAACCUUCAGCACAUUCUGGGGAUGUCUAACUCUGAGUUUGUAAUGUUUCCUGGAACAAAAUGUCCUCUGACCACCACCGUUACUGAGUUUUACCCAGAACUGAAAAACUGCCCCUGUCCGCCAACAGUAUCUGGAUCCAUCACAUCACCACCCUCUCAUUUUGCUUUUAUUUUCCCAUUAUUCGUGUACUCAUAUCUUCACUGGGUGUCUUGCUAAUAAGAAAAAACUGAAAAAGGAACACCUUUUUUGGCAGAAAUAGAUUUGUUGAAUUUAAGCAGACUAUAUCAUUAGAGCCACUAAGAUCAACAUGCCGGAUGAAGGGGGCUGAUUUUAUUCCAUGGACACAUCCGGUACCUUUAAAACUCAUUAAGCAAGCUUGCUUCAUCAGAAUCAGAAAUACUUUAAUAAUCCCAGAGGGAAAUUACUUUCAUAGAGUAAUGCUGAUGAAGAUCUCAGUCAUCCAGGUC